AUGGCAGAUCGCGGUGGACGGGGACGAGGUGGUGAUCGUGGUCGUGGGCGAGGUGAUGGCAACAACUUUGGAGGUGGUCGAGGAAGAGGGGGGUUCGACGGUGGUGAUCGCUUCCGUGGCGACCGUGGAGGAGGUGGUUUCCGAGGGGAUCGUGGAGGAGGUGGCUUCCGAGGGGAUCGUGGUGGUGGAGGCUUUCGGGGCGGACGGGGUGGUUUUGAGGGUACCCAAGUCUUUGGUACGGGCAACGCACCAGCACCCAAUUCCGAGGUCACUGAGCUCGAGAACAAGAUGGUCAAGGCCGAUCUGUCCAAAGCCAUGGCAUCAGCGUCGCUGGGUGUUGUACUCCCAGAACGUCCUGGCUACGGAGUAGAAGGCACGGCCAUUGUUCUCUACACGAACUACUUCGAGCUGAAGGGCAUUGACCCCAACAUGGAUCUGUACCGGUACGCGCUCUCAUUUCAACCGGACAAUGAAAUUCCGAAGGCCAGGAAACACCGUCUUGUAGAGCUCCUGCUGCAAGAGGCCCCGUUCAAAGGUCUUCCUGUCGCGAGCGAUUGGGCCCAGAUUCUUGUGUCGUCAAAGAAAGUUCCAAUCGGAGGAAGCAGGGCCGAGUACACACUCGAAUGGUAUCCCAAAGAUGGCGAGCCACCUUCUGCCCCCGGGCCUGAUGAGACCGACAGGUCCAAGGCUGCAAGAAAGCGGAACACGCACAAGGCCCUCGUCUCUGAUAUCGGAACUGUGUCGUUGAAGGAACUUCUUGACGACGUCUCCAAACCUACAUCCAACUAUUCGUUGAAGCUCGAGACCAUCCAGGCUCUCAACGUUCUCAUGGCACACGGUCCCAGCAGUGAACGCAGCAUUGCCACAGCUGGUGGCAACAAGUUCUACCCCUUUGGGAAUCAUCCUCAGAUGGAGUUUGCAAAUCUCGGCUCCGGCCUCCAGGCACUCCGCGGCUACUUUACGAGCGUACGAACGAGCGUCAACCGACUGUUGGUUAACGUCAACGUCGCCACAGGAGCGUUCUACAAGCCUGGUCCACUCCUAGAUGUGAUGAGGGAAUUUACGGGCGGUCAGUCACCAAGCAACGACUCCCAGUACCGCAAAUUGGCAGCCUUUGUACGGUUGUUGAAGUUUGAGACGAACUACCUCCCUGAUCGAAAGGUCAAGGGCGAGACGAAGCGUAAGCAGCACGUGAUCACGAACCUUUCGCCCUUCAACAAGAACAGUACCAACACUACUUUCGACAUGACCGAUAAGAACGGCAAACGUUCCAAGAUGUCCAUUGAAGAAUACUUCCGGAAGACAUACAACAUCACUCUUUCUGUCGCACAGGCGCCUGUCGUCAAUUACGGCACGAAGGAGGAUCCAAAGUGGAUCCCUGCUGAGCUCUGUACGAUCUUGCCAGGACAAUUUGCAAAGCGCCUGCUUCUUGGGCCCCAGACGAGUGAGAUGAUCAGAUUUGCAGCUCGUCGGCCCCACGAAAAUGCCGCAUCGAUCACCGGGCCUGGUCUUCAGGUCGCUAAGAUCAAUCCCAUGGCAGAUGGGCUCAAUGUUGCGCUUGGCAAAUUUGGCAUCAAGGUGGAUCCUCAGCUUCUUACCGUACCCGGGCGCAUUCUUCCGCCUCCGGACUUGCUGUACCGGCGGAGGACUGCUAAACCAAGGGUCGGCGCAUGGAACCUCGAUCCGAGAACGCUUGGGGACAAGCCUUUCCACCGUGUUGCAAAGCCCCUCGGCAACUGGAGUACUCUUGUGAUCAACUCAGGGAACCGCGACACCAUCAUGGGAGGUCUUGGUGCUGUUCAGACUCAUUUGGACGCAUUCAGGCUUGCAUUGCAGACGUAUGGUCUCAACCCAGGGCCAGUGCAAGAGCCGGUCUUCAUCAACGUCCCAUUCAGCGAUUUGAACAACAAGGAGUUUUCCAAGAUUCAGAAGCAAAUCUUCGAUGCGCUCAAGUCGCAGUUUACGGCCAAGCCGAACUUCCUGUUCAUACUGCUCCCGAGCGACAACGCCACGCUCUACGAUGCGAUUAAAUAUGUCUGCGACUGUCAGCUCGGCAUCCCCAACAUUUGCAACAUUGGCCAGAAGUUCUCGAAAGAGAGGGGACAGAUGCAAUACUUUGCCAAUGUGGCUAUGAAGUUCAACCAGAAGCUUGGUGGUGUGAACCAUACCGUCGGUGCGAAGAGCAUGUCGCCUCUGGAUCCGCGUACCAUCAUCUUCGGUAUCGACGUCACUCAUCCUUCUCCUGGCAGUUCAGAAACUGCUCCAAGUAUCGCGGGCGUAGUCGCUUCAGUCGACGCUAUCUUCUCGCAGUAUCCAGCGAGCAUGCGCACGCAGAAGGGUCGCACCGAGAUGGUUAACGAACUCGAAGAGAUGAUUAUUGAACGCCUCAAGCUCUGGCAGAUGCGCAACCGGAGCCUGCCGGACAAGGUCAUCGUCUAUCGUGACGGUGUCUCUGAGGGCCAGUACCGUCUUGUCCUGGAGAACGAGCUGCCUGCGUUUGAGAAGGCCUUUGCCAGGCUGUACGGCACAAAGGACAAGCACCCGAAAAUGACAAUCAUGGUCGUGGGAAAACGCCACCACACGCGCUUCUACCCAACGACUGUGCAAGACACGGAUGGCAAGACUGGCAACCCCAUGCCCGGUACCGUUGUCGAUCGUGGUGUCACGGGCGAGAAGCUUUUCGACUUCUUCCUGCUUGCGCACCAGGGUCUUCAGGGCACGUCCAAGCCAGCGCACUACGUUGUCAUCAAGGACGACAUCAAGUUUGGCGCCGACCAGCUGCAGAGCCUGACGCACAGUCUCUGCUACACGUUCGCCCGCGCGACUCGCUCCGUUAGCAUCUGUCCGCCUGCGUACUAUGCCGACCUGCUGUGUGAGCGUGGCCGCUCCUACCUACACAGCGUGCUCAAGGGCGACGGCAGCACAGACUUCAGCAACACCACGUGGCGCAAGGACGUCCAUCCGCAGCUCAUGGAGACGAUGUACUACUUGUAG